AUGGACGAUUCGAGUCCAACAUGUCCUCUCUGUCCCUUCACCGACUCCGAUGCCAAUUGUGUAGCAGAGCAUAUUGAAUUUUGUCAUCCAGAAAAUGGCGCUCUGGAAACCUCCCGGGAUUCAGAUCCCCGAGAAAUGACCCGUUCGACCUCAUCAUCCAGUGACGAGUCGACGGACAAAUACGUCGAUUGCCCGCAUUGUUGUGGUGAAACCGUGGCUAGUGUCGAUCUGUCAACACACCUCGAUUUGCACAUCGCAGAGAGCGUCGCAUUACAUGUAGAUGACUACGGUGUAACCCCGACACGCGCAGAUGCGGGGAUGCUCGAGAAUCGUCCAUCCUGGGAACAAACGGACUCGCUGGAUGUCGUGGGUACUCGCAAAGGCAGCAAACGUGGAGCACAGCGAGACUUUUCACGGACGAAUACCGCUAAACCAGAUCGACCGCGCAGCUUACCCAGAACCGUCGGUCCCGAUGGCGCAAAGAAGCUAGGGCGGGCGGAGCUGGGUCCUCAUGCCCAUGAGAAGAAGAUGCCAUCAUGGCUCAGGAAGAUACUGGAGAAAGGUGGUCAUACCACGAAGCAGAACCAAAUCACCCCGGAUGGCAGACUUGCCCGGUACAAGAAGGUGGAGAACGAAACAGACCAUCUCAUUCCCGUGCUAGCUCGACUCUGUGAGCAGGACAAAUCGGUUCAGCGUGCCUUUCUCUGCAGUCCCAAGGUCCGCCAUAUCUGCAAGAUGCCGCGCGAGGGAGGGUUCUGUGGCUAUCGAAAUAUCCAGAUGCUGGUGUCCUAUCUCAAAAAAACUCAUAGCCCAGGCCAUGAGAACUUUGCAAACAAGGGCCCCACGAUAUUGGAACUGCAAGAGAUGAUCGAGCUGGCAUGGGAUAUGGGCUUCAAUAGUGUGGGGAGGACUGAAACUGGGGGCAUCAAAGGCACGCGGAAGUAUAUUGGGACACCCGAGGCGCAGGCGCUUUUCUUGAAUCUUGGGGUUCAUUGUGAUGCCAGUAGCCUCGGCGAGAGUAAUGAGAUACGAGCCUAUGACGUGCUCUUCAUGAAUGUCGCAGACUAUUUUCGAUCUGCAUGUUCCUUGGACCAAGAGACGAAGGUUUUCACGACUGAUCUCCCACCGAUAUAUUUCCAACACCAGGGGCAUUCCAUGACCAUCGUGGGAUUCGAGAUUCGAGACAAUGGUAGCGCGAACCUACUGGUGUUCGACCCCAUGUUCAAGACAUCACCGGCGAUUCAUCGUCUGGUCGGCACUUCUGCAAGGCCACCCGAUCCCGGUCGCCUGCUCAAGGCAUAUCGCAGGGGUACACCCUAUCUGCAGAAAUACAAGCUUUUCGAGCUUCUCAACAUGCGGACCUCUCCGAAUGUGAUCAUCACCGGCACCCCCGGGGUGGGCAAGACUGUACACUGCGAACAAUUGGCGCAGGAGAUCGGCUUGAAGCACCUGUCGAUCAACCAGGUCGCCAAAGAUCGCGGGUGCCAUGAGACCUAUGACGAGGAAUUGAAGAGUUGGGUGGUCGACGAGGAUAAACUUCUGGAUGCCCUCGAGGACGAAAUCCCCCGAGGUGGCUACCUCAUUGACUGGCACGCAUGCGACCUCUUCCCCAGAUCUUGGAUCGAUCUUGUGGUCGUCCUCCGGUGUCCCUCGACUGCGGUGCUGUACGAUCGUCUCGCCUCAAGGGGCUACCACAAGGAGAAAUUAGAAGAGAACCUCGACGCCGAGAUUUUCGGAGUUCUGGUCGAGGAAGCCCGCGAGGCGUUCGAGGAUGAGAUUGUGGUAGAGCUGAACAGCGAGAAGGACGAAGAUGUGGAAAACAAUUGUGCCAGAGUCUCUGCCUGGGUCGAGGCUUGGAAGAAAAAUCAAACGGAAAAUGCGGAAUGA